CCAAACCGAAGCUCCAUCCACCCCUCACACUCAACACACCAUGGGCUGCAGCCAAUCCAAGGCGAACGACGUCGUCGUCGAGCCGAUCACGGCGCCCCCGUCCGAGUGCGGCAAGGCCUCGAUGGACCUCGCCUUCACCGAGAUCAUCGUGGACGACCACGACGAGACGAGCGCGAGCGCCCCGCCGCCGCCCGUCGAGGAGGAGCUCGAGAACGAGGAGGUGCAGGAGGAGACCCAGGCCCCAGCUGAGCCCGUCGUUGAAGCAGUGGAGCCCAUCGAGGUAGACGAGCAAGUUGAAGUGCCCGCCCAAUCAGACGUGGCACCGGCACUCCAAGAGGACGAGGAGCUCGAUUCCUCCUCGUCCGAAGAAGAAGACGACGCACAACAACAAGAAGAAGAAGCUCCUGUUGAGCCGGAGGUGGAGGCAGCGGACGAGAUCGAGCUGCAGCAGCAGCAGGAGAAGUCCGCGGUCGUGGAGAAGUCGAGCGUGGCGGCCCCCGUCUGGACCUUCGCGGCCGAGAAGGUGUCGUUCAGCAUCGGCGUGGCCUUCUUCCACAUCACGGGCUCUAGCGGCCAGGAGGACGCGGAGAGCGUGCACCUGGCCAAGCGCUACUCCGAGUUCAAGGUGCUGCACGCCGAGAUGGCCAAGCUCAUGGACCACGAAGAGCUCCCGAGCAUGCCCGGCACGUCGUUCCUGCAGGGCCGCAACGACAAGGCGCUGCUGCAGGAGCGCGAGGCGGCCUUCGUCAAGAUGCUCAAUGCCAUCGCGGUGCACCCCGAGGCUUCGCAGAGCGCCGCGUUCGCCGCCUUCCUGGCCUAGAGCGCUGCCGACAAUGGGCCAUUGGUAGUCUGGGUAUAGAGAGGAACGAGAGGACGGAGGAUCGAGCGACAAAAGCCGACAGCAAGAGCAACAGCGACGACGGCGCAAACGCAGCAGCGCGCCCUAUAGAUAUGAAUCAUAAGUCUGUACAAACACGUAAACCAUCUCCACCGC